UCAGAAACACGUAUUUAAAUCUCUAAGUCAAUUAGAAGAAGACUUCACAUUGGCCCAGUGCAAAGUGAGUACUGUUUCUUAUCUCACACCCCACCCACACUGACUCUCCCAGGGAUCCUGUGAGUGUUCACAUCACGUAUUAACACUGAAGGACUGUCAUCACAGGCACCAUCCCUGACAUUGCUCAGCUGCAGAGAUGGAUCUCCAAGGAGAAAACAACUCAGAACUGAAUCUGGCUGAGGACUCCAGGAGACAGCAAAGGAAAGGCAAAGGCAUGAAAAGUUCCAUUUUACAUACCGAACAGCAAAUGUCCUCUGUGGAAAUAGAGUUUCCAAAUGCUUCUGAAGAUCUUCAAGGGAAUGACAAGGAUCAUUGCACAGAUUCACCAUCACCACCAGAGAAGCUCAUUGCUGGGAUCCUGGGAGUCAUCUGCUUUAUCUUGAUGUACAUUUUAGCAAGAAUGGCUCUCUCAUAUUCUUGUAGUCAUUGUCCACCAGAGUGGUUUACACAAUCCAACAACUGCUAUUACGUCAGCACUGAAGAUAGAACAUGGACUGAGAGUUUGAAGGCCUGUGUUUCUGAGAACUCUAGCCUGGCCUACACAGAUAAUGAAGAAGAAAGGAAAUUUCUGAGUUCCCUGUCAUUUGUAUCAUCAUGGAUUGGAAUUUUUCGUAGAAGCAGUGAUCAUCCAUGGAUGUUGAUAAAUGGUUCAACUCCCACACUAGAGAUUGCAGAAUCAUCAUCUGGUAACAGAAACUGUGUGAUUCUAUACAAAUAUGGCCUUGCAUCAAGCAGUUGUGAAUCUUCAAAACACUACAUUUGCAAGCAGAGGUUUUACAGUUAAACCAUGGAUUCUGACGGGUGACUAUUUUUCAUGGAAUGGGAAUAAUAUUAUGAUUGUAUAAGUCUUCAAGUAAAUUAUUUGUUCUAGUGAUGAAAAAAUUCCAUAAGCAAUACUGGAAAAUAGUACACAUCCAAAAGUACAGAUAUACUUUCUUUUAGUGGCUGUCAGUUUUUGCUCAACAUUAUGUUUGUGACAUUCAACUUUUCUAGAUCACAUGUUCUGUGAAUCAAUUUAAGUGAAAUAUCAAGAACAGGAAAACCCACAGAGGUCUGAAGGUAUGUGGG